AUGUUUUGUGACGUAAACUUCUCUAUAAGUAGUGAAACAUUUGACGAAUUGGUCGAAGAAGUGCUGAUCGGUGUCUACUUCGAGGUCCACAGAGCGGCCAAACAUACAAAAUGCCUGUUUGUCGACGAAUCACCCACUCUUGAACACGAAAAAUACGCCAUAAUCGACAAGAAAGGGUUAGACAUCUUCGGUGAGUUGCCGAUCAAGAAGCAGAUGGAGUGCGUUUGUCCCAACUGUCACCGCAAUUUGGCCGCUUCCCGGUUCGCACCGCAUCUGGAGAAGUGUAUGGGAAUGGGACGCAACAGUUCCCGAAUCGCCAGCAAACGCAUCGCCACCUCUUCUGUCAAGAAUAACGACUCCGACGACGACUACGACAACAACGGAGACACCGAUUGGAAUGUUUAUUGCGGUGACCAGAAGAAGACCAGACGAAAGCGGCUCAAGAAUGCCAACGGUAUUGGAAACGGCAAUAGUGUUCAUAAAAAAGUAAACAAUUCCAAAGCCAACAAAUCGGGUCUAAACACUAAAUGA